AUGUCCAGCAUUAAUUCCAACAAACAUACUUUUAUAAAAUUCGAAACCAAACUGGUCUUUUGUAUAAAUGGUGCUCGCGUAGUACUUAACAACCCAGACCCAGACAUCACUUUGUUGCAGUAUGUUCGUAGUAUUGGCUUGACUGGAACGAAACUCGGUUGUGCAGAAGGCGGAUGUGGUGCAUGUACAGUAUUACUUUCAUCCUACGACAGCUUAACCCAAAAGAUCAAUCACAAUUCGGUCAACGCGUGCCUUGUACCGUUAUGCUCUGUUGAAGGAAAGCAUGUUAUUACAAUAGAAGGCAUUGGAAAUGUGAACAAGCCUCACCCUGUACAAGAACGAAUAGCCAGGAUGCAUGGAUCGCAAUGUGGUUUCUGCACGCCAGGCAUUGUAAUGUCAUUAUAUGCACUGCUCCGUAAUAAUCCAAAUCCAUCAUUACAUGAUAUAGAGGAAUGUUUCGAUGGCAAUCUGUGUCGAUGCACUGGUUACAGACCGAUCCUGGAUGCUGCAAAAUCAUUUGCUACUACACCGCUUAAACAAGAGACUGGAAAAACGGCAAAUGGUGUCAAAAAGGAAAACUCUUGUGGUCGUCCAGACUGUUGCCGAUUAUCGAAAGAUGUUCCCUGUGAAGAAUUGCCAGAUGGAUUCACAAAGCCUGUCUUUAAAAACUAUGAACCAUCUCAAGAAUUGAUAUUUCCGCCAUCAUUGAUGAAACACGAGAAACAUGCGCUGUCCUUUAAUGGCAGAAAGACAAAAUGGUUUCGACCGAUCACUUUUAUGCAGUUUUUACAGCUCAAGAAUCAGUAUCCAGAUGCCAAGAUAGUGUCUGGGAACACAGAAGUGGGAAUAGAAACUGCUUUCAAGAAUUUGCAAUACAACGUUCGGAUCCAUGUUGGCGACUUGGAAGAGCUGAAAGGACACAAAUUUAAUGAUGAUGGGCUACUAAUCGGAGCAAAUAUCAGUCUGACCCAAUUUCAAUCUAUAUUGAAAGAAGCUUGCCAACGAUACGAGCCCUAUAAAUGUCAAGUAUUCCAAGCCUUUUUAUCCAUCAUACGUUGGUUUGCCGGUACUCAGAUCCGCAAUGUGGCCACACCAGCCGGCAACAUAAUCACCGGUUCUCCAAUAUCGGAUUUUAAUCCCAUUUUUCUAUGCACAAAUUCAAAGUUUACUCUAACGAGUUUGGACAAGUCUUUGAACAGACGUGUGGUUCCUGCAACAUCUUUCUGGACUGGCUAUAGACAAAACGUUUGCAAGAACACAGAGGCUCUUGAAAGCGUCUUUAUUCCAUUUUCGGGCAAAAGAGAAUUCGUUAGGAGUUACAAGCAAGCAAAGAGAAGAGAUGACGAUAUUGCGAUUGUCAAUGCCGCGUUGAGAGUUGCACUUGAUGAAAAGAACGUGGUUAAAGACGCUAGUUUUGCUUUUGGUGGCAUGAGCGGAGUUACCGUUAGGGCUUUGUCGGCUGAGCAGAGUAUUAGGGGAAAAUCAUGGGGUGACAAGGGUAUGCUGAGUUGGUUGAUUGCAAAGAUUGAUGAGCAAUUACAACUCAGCUUUUCUGCGCCCGGUGGCAUGGCAUCAUACCGGAAAGCGCUAGUUUCGGGAUUCGUUUACAAGUUUUGGCACGACGUGGCUAAGAAUAUAGGAAUCCUAAACGAAGCAGAAAUAGCAGAUGCAGACAGUUUUAUUAAUAUUAUCGAACGAGACGUUUCACGAGGUGUUCAGACUAUUGGGAACCCAGAAGAAGAUAAAAAAAUAGUUGGCAAGGCGAUUCCACACAUCUCAGCUUUGAAGCAAGUGACCGGAGAAGCAAUAUACACCGACGACACUCCAAAAAUCCAUAACGAACUCUAUGGUGCGCUUGUUCUUUCGCAAAAGGCGCACGCUAAAAUAUUAAGCAUCAACGCGUCUGAAGCAUUGAAACAACACGGUGUCAAAAGUUUCUUUUCUGCUAAAGAUGUUCCCGGAACAAAUAUCUGGGGUCCUGUAGUUCAUGAUGAGGAAGUGUUUGCAUCUAAAGAAGUUCAUUUCGUCGGUCAACCUAUCGGCUUGAUUGUUGCCAACACCCAAGCUAUAGCCCAAGAGGCGGCGAGAUUGGUGAAGAUUGAAUAUCAAGAGCUGCCUUACGUAUUAACAAUUGAAGAAGCCAUCGAACAGUCGAGUUUCUUUCCGGUUGAUAGACGUAUAGUUCGGGGUGAUGUCGACAAGGCAAUGAAACAAGCAGACUUUGUAUUCGAAGGGAGAAGCAGAAUCGGAGGACAAGAACACUUUUAUCUCGAAACGCAAACCUCGUUAAUAAUUCCCAAGCCCGAAGAUAAUGAAAUCGAGAUUCACGCAUCAACUCAGAAUCCAUCUGAAACCCAACACUUGGUUGCUUCCGUCCUUGGAAUCAGUGCCAAUAAAGUAAUAACAAAGGUUAAACGUCUCGGUGGCGGGUUUGGCGGAAAAGAGACGAGAAGCCUGCCGUUGACGCUUGCAUUGGCUGUCGGUGCUUGGCAUUUGCGGAGACCCAUUAGAUGCAUGCUGAACAGAGGCGAAGAUUUUAUGAUCUCUGGACAACGACAUCCGUUCCUGGGUAUAUGGAAAAUUGGACUGACAAAAGAAGGAAAAUUUUUGGCAUUGGAUUUGCAGUUAUUUAACAAUGCCGGAUGGUCAGCAGAUUUGUCUGCAGCCGUCUUGGAACGCGCAAUGACUCAUUCCGAUAACUGUUAUUACAUCCCGAAUGUAAGAACAACAGGCAAGAUGUGCAGGUCCAAUACCGUAUCAAAUACCGCAUUUCGAGGGUUUGGAGGUCCGCAAGGAAUGAUGGUCACUGAGAACAUCGUUUCCGAGGUGGCUGAUCGAAUGGGGAUGAGUGCAGAGACAAUUAGGGAACUUAACUUUUACAAAGAAGGCCAAAAGACGCAUUUUAACCAACCUUUAACCGAUUGGCACUUGCCGGAAAUUUACCAUCAAGUUAAAGAGUCCAGCGAUUACAAUAAACGUAAACAACAGAUUAACGACUAUAACGCUAGUCAUAGAUGGCGAAAAAGAGGGCUAGCCCUGAUUCCCACCAAAUUCGGACUAUCCUACACUGCAUUACAUCUGAACCAAGCUGGCGCGCUAGUUCAUAUAUAUCAGGAUGGUAGCGUACUAGUCAGUCACGGUGGAGUCGAGAUGGGCCAAGGACUGCACACGAAAAUGCUUCAGAUAGCUGCAGAGGCUCUUGAAGUUCCUUUAGACAACGUUCAUUUGAUGGAGACGUCUACAACAACGGUUGCGAAUGCAUCGGCUACGGCUGCGAGUGUCAGUAGCGACAUUAAUGGAUAUGCUGUGCUUAAUGCUUGUAAGACGUUGUCAGAGAGGUUGAAACCGUACAGAGAAAAACAUCCCAAAGCUUCUUUCAAAGAGAUAUGUAAUAAAGCGUACAUGGACCGUAUAAACCUGUCAGCUAACGGAUUUUACAAAACACCCGACAUUGGUUACAACUGGGAUACUAACGAAGGACUAAUGUUCUUUUACUUUACCACUGGCGUUGCAGCAACUGAAGUAGAAAUCGAUGUUCUCACUGGUGAACAUCAGAUAUUGCGAACAGAUUUGUGUAUGGACAUUGGACGCAGUCUGAAUUAUGCUAUUGAUGUCGGGCAGAUUGAGGGUGCGUUCGUACAAGGCGUUGGAUGGUGUACGAUCGAAGAGAUGUUAUACUUUCCUAAUGGACAUGUAUUUACCAAGGGUCCCAGCAACUACAAGUUGCCUGGAUUUAGAGACAUACCGCAAGAUUUUCGUAUUAGCACUUUGAAAGAUGUCAAGUAUUCGCAUUUGAAAACUAUCCACAGCAGCAAAGGAAUUGGUGAACCACCUUUAUUCUUGGGGUCAUCUGUUUUCUUUGCGAUUAGAGAUGCAAUCGGCCAUGCGAGAAAAUCGCAAGGUAUCAAGGAAUCGUUCUCUCUUAUUUCGCCUGCUACGCCUGAAAGGAUUCGCAUGGCGUGUCAAGACGAGAUUUGUAGAGCGGCGACUGUUACGAAGAAGGACGGUGAAAAAGCCUGGGUCGUCAUGAUUUAA